CUGCAUGCGUAUCGUGGUCAUCUGUCUAUUUUACAUGCACUUGUAGCUGGAUAAACUUACAGUGUCUGAUGCUUCACAAUUUAAGUCUGAGGGAAGGUGCUGAAACUCAAGGAUCAGUACCUUGAUGGGUAAAACCGGAAAGAUCUAGAACAUCUGGAAUUAAGCAGACCAAGAAGAGUGCACACUGCACAGCUAUAUACAAAUACAAUCAAGUUCAAAUUACAGAUACUGAUAUCUACACUACAUAAUGCAAGAUUAUGUGCUCUUUGAAUACUUGAAGCCUUGUAGGUAGUUGUAUGUUUAGUUUCUCAAAGCAUAACUGCAGCAGUACAAAUCAUAGAAUAUGGUAAGAGGCAGAAAGCAUGACUUGCAUUUCUCAACUUCCUAUGGGUGAAUAACAUCAAAGAUGCCAAAUUCAAAGGGUGUGAGCUUUCCGUCUUUCUCGGCUAUGUCUCUUAUAAUAACAAUAACAAUCAUAUGAUAGAACUUCACUUUGACCUUUAUUAUAUGGUCAUAAAGACCCUUCAGCAAAAUGAUUGUUACUGCUAUCGGCAUUUUCUGUUGUUUUUCUUUUGGAAUCAAUCUUGUGUGACACCAUUGUAUUGUUUCAUGUCUUGCCACUAUAAUAGUCUUGGCAUAGCACUGGAUCUCAUGAGUCUUUGAGCCGCAAAUUCAUGAACAUAAGUUCUUUCCAUUCAACCGUUGGCUGAGGCAAAGAUACAGAUUUGGAGCGAAGGUGCCUAGCACUGUUUUGCCAAAAUGAUUGUUGGGGCUGGUUACUUUGAGGAUUCCCACGAUCAAAGUCUCAUGGCAGGAUCUUUGAUCCAUGACUCAAAUCAAGCUCCUGCAAGCAGUGAAAACACAAGCAUUGAUUUGCAGAAAUUCAAAGUGCACCCGUACUCAACAGAAGCUCUCUCGAAUACGGCCAAUCUAGCUGAAGCUGCAAGAGCAAUUAACCACCUUCAACAUCAACUAGAAAUUGAUUUGGAGCAAGAGGUUCCCCCAGUAGAAACUGCAAACUGGGAUCCAGCUAUCUGCACUAUACCAGAUCAUAUCAUCAACCAUCAGUUUAGCGAAGAUCCACAAAACAUAUUGGUGGAGCAACAGAUCCAGCAGUAUGAUUCUGCACUUUAUCCAAAUGGUGUUUACACACCUGCACCAGAUCUCCUUAAUCUUAUGCAGUGCACAAUGGCUCCAGCAUUCCCGGCAACGACAUCCGUAUUCGGUGACACAACACUGAAUGGUACUAACUAUUUGGAUCUUAACGGUGAACUUACAGGAGUAGCAGCGGUUCCAGACAGUGGGAGUGGGUUGAUGUUUGCUAGUGAUUCAGCUCUCCAGUUAGGGUACCAUGGUACUCAAUCUCAUCUAAUAAAGGAUAUCUGCCACUCGUUGCCCCAAAAUUAUGGGUUGUUUCCCAGUGAGGACGAACGAGAUGUGAUUAUUGGUGUUGGAAGUGGAGAUCUUUUUCAGGAGAUAGAUGACAGGCAGUUUGAUAGUGUACUUGAAUGCAGGAGAGGGAAGGGUGAGUUCGGAAAGGGCAAGGGAAAAGCUAAUUUUGCAACUGAGAGAGAGAGGCGGGAGCAGCUAAAUGUGAAGUUCAGGACCCUAAGAAUGCUCUUCCCAAAUCCUACCAAGAAUGACAGGGCCUCAAUAGUAGGUGAUGCCAUUGAGUAUAUAGAUGAGCUCAAUCGAACAGUGAAGGAGCUGAAGAUCCUGGUGGAACAGAAGAGGCAUGGAAAUAACAGGAGAAAGGUGUUAAAGUUGGAUCAAGAGGCAGCCGCUGAUGGCGAGAGCUCAUCGAUGAGGCCAGUGAGGGAUGAUCAAGACAAUCAGCUCCAUGGAGCCAUAAGGAGCUCAUGGGUUCAGAGGAGGUCAAAGGAAUGCCACGUUGAUGUCCGCAUAGUGGACGAUGAAGUAAACAUCAAGCUCACUGAAAAGAAGAAGGCCAACUCUCUGCUUCAUGCAGCAAAGGUUCUAGAUGAGUUCCAGCUCGAGCUUAUCCAUGUAGUGGGUGGGAUUAUAGGUGAUCACCAUAUAUUCAUGUUCAACACUAAGGUAUCAGAAGGUUCGGCGGUUUAUGCAUGUGCAGUGGCAAAGAAGCUCCUUCAAGCAGUGGACGUGCAACACCAGGCCCUCGACAUAUUCAACUAAUCUUUAGCAACAGUACUGAUUAUCUGAACAAUGUCCUAGAUUUUCAGUUACCUUGCUGAGCAAACUUAUUUGACCAGGAUUGGAGAGAAUUUUAUCUUUAGCACUAGCUACCUAGCAAAACUUCUUAACAAUUUGGCCAUGUAACGGCUUGCUGCUGUCCGGUUGUACACCUUAACUAGCCUGACUAGGAAAGCUUUGAUGCUUGUCUUGUGUAUUUGAUCAUGUUAUCUCAAUCUGGUCACUGCAUUUGGAUUUAUUUCAUAUGUUAGCUGUGCCAGUUAAAAAAAAAACGUAGCUGCACAAGUUGAUUUA